UGAGAGAGGUCUUUCUCGUCCCAGGUAUUAUGAGCAGUAGCAGCAGCAGCAGCAUCAGCGGCAGCAGCAGCAGCAGCGAUGAGACGGUGGUGCCGCUGCUGAGCGGCGGUGCUGGAGCUCGUCUCUACAGCUGCGCGAAUUGCCGCUCCAACGUUGCGGAUCACAGCGACGUCAUCUCCACUGCCUUCCAGGGACGAAAUGGCCGAGCAUACCUACUGGGGGGCGUGGAUAAUGUAGUGGUCGGCCCAAGAGAGGACAGGCACCUCAUGACUGGAUUGCAUGCGGUGGCGGAUAUCUCCUGCGCGCACUGCCACGAGCUGCUGGGAUGGAAAUACGAGCGGGCCUACGAGCACUCGCAAAAAUACAAGGAAGGCAAGUUCGUGCUGGAAAGAUCAAAGAUCAUGAAGGACUGCUGGUAGAAUAAUUUAAAUCAUACACUGUCAAUUACGAGAGAUACCACCGCAAUAAAUCGAAACCGAUCUUCCUCAGCU